ACACGAACACCUCAAAACCAACUUGAACUUCACUUUUGUUGUUCCUGCGGGGUAACAACAUCCAGGUCCUACGCGUCGCCGCAUGUUUGCCGGCUUGACCCCAUGUGCCGGCAAAGCAGAGUCCGGCAUUUCGAUCUCCUGGCAGUAUAACGAUUGACGGCCGCCCACGAUGGCCGGGUUGAUCUUUCUGGUUGCGACCUCGGUUGUGAUGGCCGUGGCCUCCUUCCUUGCCGGCGCACUCCCCUUGUCGUUCUCUCUCUCGCAGUCGCAGCUUCGGCUCAUCGCUUCCCUUGGGGCUGGGCUAUUGGUCGGCAGUUGCUUGAUUGUCAUUCUGCCAGAGGGGAUUGAAGCUCUAGCAGCAGCAACGCAACACCCGCAACAUACACCGAAACAAAACGCACGGGCGAUGGAUGCAAUAUUGAGGAAAGAUGAACCCGCGGAACAGCACCCAGAGCUCCCUGCAUUCUCCAUCGGCUUCGCCCUAGUCAUCGGCUUUGCUCUGAUGUUCCUCGUUGACCGGUUGCCCCGUCAUGCGGCCGAGAAGUUUAUCACAGCGCCGGCCAGCAUACAUGUCAGCCUGGACGAUUUGAGCGGGCCGGCUGUGGCUGGAGAGGAGGAAUCGGAGGGCUUCUUAGGCUCCCUGGCGCCAUCGCCGAGGCAAACACGCAGCGUUGCUACCACAACGGGGCUGGUCAUACAUGCUGCGGCAGAUGGUAUUGCGAUGGGAGCAUCAGCCACGACGUCAAACCUGAACGUCGGACUGAUCAUCUUCCUUGCGAUCCUGGUACACAAAGCCCCUGCUGCGUUUGGCUUGACUUCUAUUUUGUUGAAGCAGGGCCUCUCCAAGAGGGCUACACGUGUGCACCUCCUGGUGUUCAGUCUCGCAGCUCCUGCCGGCGCAUUGGCGACCUAUUCUCUUGUUUCCUUGAUCGGGGGUGAGACUAUGGAGGGCGAGUCCACUCAGUGGUGGACAGGCAUGCUCCUCCUCUUUAGUGCCGGGACGUUCUUAUAUGUCGCCAUGCAUGCGAUGCAGGAGGAGAACCAUUCGGCGGCCUAUGACCACUACUCUGGUCCCAAUGGGUAUACCGAAACCGGCAAUUCAUCCCACAGGAGGCAAGGCAAACUGGAGAUGCGGGAUACUCUUGCGACAUUGGUGGGAUUCCUCUUGCCGCUACUAACACGGUUCGGCCAUCAUCACCAUUAACAACGUUGACGUCGUUUGGGCUUUUCGUCAGGCCAGGCGUUUCGGUUAGACGGGGGGUUAUCUGAGCGUAAGCGCAAUGUGAGUUAUGGCAGGUGUUCUAAUCGAAUGAGUUCGGUCAUUUCAGCUCAUCCUACCGUUAUUCCAUGGAAUUGACAGGAUGAAGAUGUUCGGUUUCAAGUUUUUAGAUCUGGUAUCCGAUUCCGGGAAUUCGCCGUGCUCUGUCAAUGCAAUGCAAGGAAUGUUGCUUUGCAUUCAUUUACAACGCAACACCAUGGCAAUGACGCAACUUGUGUAAGGUAGACUUACUUCAUGUGGUUUGCCGGCCCUGAUCGAAGCCCUGGCCAAGCGUACAGUAUACCGGUUUGUUUCUACGGGUACUAACUGUAUUCGUAUGUCUGUAACGCUCAGUAACUGACGAGCCCGUUAC